CAGGCUCACUUUCCGUUCCAUCAAUUGCCAAUCACAAGUGUUAUAUGUGUCAAUACUGCCAAUGCCAAUAUGCUAAUGACAGUUGAUGACAGUUGCCCCAUAGAACAGUGAGUUGCCCGUCAUGUAAUGUGAGCUAAAUCUAACGGUUGAUGGUUUGUUUUGAUUGGAUUUGUGUUUGUAGUGAAAUAGAAAUUUGUGAUUUUAUGUAUUUUCAUAUAUUUUCUAUCUUUUUAUUUUAUUUAUUGUUAAAAUGUACAAUCUCUUUAAAUAUUUUAUGAAUUAUAAUUUAUAAGUCAAUGAAGCCUUUUACACUUCCCGAUUUUUAAUGUUAAUUUUUAAAAUUAUGUUUAUUACGGUUUAAUAUAUAUUUCUUGAUAUUCUAAUAUUAUAUGAAUUAAAAUGGAAAGCAAAUUUACGAUAUUGCGACAGGAACUAAUCAAUCUUGGUUAUACACAAACCUUAAAACCAGAUUGUGUGCCUUUAGUAGAUCGAUUACUUUCAGAUUUAAAAACCACCACUGAGAGCCUUCAGAAAUAUAUGAUAAUUGCUCAACAAGCUAUCGAAGAAAGAGAUAAUUUGCAGUUAGGAGCUGAGCCAUAUAAAUGUGACAAUGCUAAAUUAAUUAGAGAAUGCAAUGAAUUACACUUAGCCUUUAUACAAUUUAAAGAGCAACAUGAGAAAGUUCAAAGAGAACUGAAAACUAAAAUUGUUUCAUUACAAAAUCAGCUGGAGAGUUGUGAAUUGGAAAAACAGGAUUUUCAGAAACAAAUAAAAGAUUUGGAGGUACAGUUAAGUAAGAUUGAGAAAAAGGGAAUAAAAGUAACGUCAUCAAGAAAUCAACCAUCGCUAUCAAAAGUCGAAGGGACUCGCAAAAGUUUUCAAUUAAACACUGCCAUGGCUUGCGCCGAUCAAAAAAUUGCAUACCUUAGUAAUGAAAUAAAAAAACUUAAAGAGGAACAGUUGAAUCUUGUACAGAGUAAUGAGUUGUUUAAAAACCAGUUACAAAACAGAGAUGAAGAAAUCUCAAGGUUAAAAAAUCUCUUAGAGGGAGGUAGACCUUUAGAUGCCAUUAGUAAGGAUUGUUGUUAUAAAAACAUAGACAAUAAAAUAGGAGCUUUACGAGACGAAAUAAGUUCUUUGAAACGUGAAAAGAAUACUCUUCACAAUCAACUUAAAGAUGCCUUGGCAAAACAGCAUGAGGCUAUGCGACGAGCUCUGCACUUGGCUGAGAGAAAUAAAGUAUUGGAAAAGGAAAUGAAAGAUAUCGAUCAAAUUGCUUUAGCCGUCGAAGCAGAAUGUAACAGUACGAUAAGAAGUAAUAUAGAGAAAGUCACUAGGUUACAAGACAGAAUGAACGAGUCCGGGAUUAUUAUUCAAAACUUGGAAAGGGAAACUCAUAAACUGAAACAGGAUAAACAAGAAUUAUCGGCGGAUUUGGAUGCCGUCAAAUUGGAAAAGAAACACUUACAAAGUAUUUUAGAUACAGAGAGAGAGGACAAAAAGAGGUUGACGGAUAGGAUUAAUAGUUUCACAAUUAUCGAGCAUGAUCUUAACUUGGAAAUAGAUAGAUUGGUAAGAGUCACGGGAGAGCAGAAAAGGAGAAUAGCUGAAUUGGAAUGUCGGGUGACUGAAGAAAAAAUGAAAGCGUCCUCUUUUGAAAUGCAGCCUACCUUCCAGAAAGACUACAUUCCGCCAUCAAUCUCAAAGAAACCAAGUCUUCCUGACAAGGCCCAAAAAGGAAAACAGACUGUCAAAAAAACAGAGCACAAGAGUACAUGUAAAAAAUUUGGCAGCAAAAGACGUCCGUCACUUUCUAAGGACGUAACCGACGGAAAAAAAUCUCCUCCGUUAAUAGCAGGUUACGAGUCCCAAAUUGGAAGAUGCUGUUGCGAGUCAGACGGUUGCGUCAAACACAUGAAGGAGCUCUUGGAUAAGGAAAUGGAAUAUAGGCAGACCCAGGUAAUGCAGCAGAUGGAAUCGUUAAAACAAGAAAAGGAAUAUUAUAUGAAGGAAUAUCAUAGGGUCUGUGAUCAAAUAAGGAAUGUACCGACUCACGACAAGCCUAAUGAAGCACAGGGACAGCUGCAGCAGUUGCUGAAAGAAAUCAAUGAGAAGAAUAAAACGAUCGCGGACUUACAAAAUGAAAUCCACACUUUAAGUAAGGAAAAGCACACUAUGCGAAUGAAACUGGAGUCGAUGACGGGUCAGUCCGAUUCUGACAUGGAUAAAAUUUGCGAAAAAGCAGCUUGCAAGAGGCAACGUCGAGAAUUCGAAAUUGUUCGAAACGAGUUUAAACAUUUAGAAAGUGAAAACGAAUCGUUAAAAUCCAAAGUGCAGUCUAUGAACGAGUCAAUCGUGUUCGAUCAGGAAAGAAUGAAGAGGGCUUUUCAGGAAAUGGAGGAACACAUAAGGAAACUAGAAAAUGAGAGGAGAGACUUGGUAAUCAGUCAGACCACAAGCAGAUCCAAUCAGGCUCAGUUAGAGGAGGAGUAUAAUCAAUUAAAGGAACAACUAAGGGCCACACAAAUCGAGUUGAACAAUCAGAAGGCGAACUACAACCAGUUGAAAGCCCUUCACGAACAGGCCGACAGAGCCUUAUCGGACGCUCAGAACAAGGUUUUGAGGUCAGAAACCGAAAUGACGACCUUGCAGUCCAAGAUGAGCAACACCCAUCGGGAAUCGGAAGCCCACGAGAAAGAAAUAUGCAGAUUGCAGGGCGACAUUCAAUACAUGAAAAUGCAACUCUCAAAGAUCGACAAGGAAAAGGACAACUUAUUAAAUGUAGUAGACGAGAAGACGGAGAAAAUUGCGCUGUUGGAGGAUCAGCUGAGGGAGAAGAAGAAUUCAAUUUCCAGCUUGGAAAUGGAGCUGAAGGAGCUCAAAAGGAAAUUGGGUAAUUUUUCCGACGAGUCGUCUACUCAACAGCAAAAUCUACGUUCGUUGAAGCAAGAAAUCGCCUUACUACAGAAAGAUUUCGAAAAUGAAAAGAAGCAAAAAGAAGCUGCGGUUCAAGAAAACAGACGGCUACAAAAUGAUAUAGCUAGUGUCGUAUGUGACUGUAAAGAAGCGAGGAAGCAACUGGAUAUAGACCAGAGACAAGUCGACGAUUUGAAACGCCAGCUCCAGCAUUAUGUGGCUGAAGUGAAAAGAACGGAGGAUCUUAUAUCCCAAAAGGAACUCGAAAGGACGGAGAUUCUGGACCAGUUCAAAUGUUUAUCCGAGGAGGCCAACAUUUUGGAGAGCAACAACCACACUUUGGAAACGGAGGCCACUCAGUCUAGAGUACAACUGUCUGUUGCCCUGGACCACGCUUCGGACCUAGAGAGGAAACUCGAGAACCAAGACGCCGUUAUUCGAAGUUACGAAAAGCAGGUAACGGGUUUGACCAGUCAGGUGGCUAGUUUAGAGAUUCAGUUGAAACAGAAUAACAACCAAUACGACAGACUGACAACCGAGCUUCAACAGAUGAAAGA